AUGACUGUUGGUGCUUUUUCAGAAUGGCGCAAGCUUCCAGUGAGCCUGAGUGAGCUGUGCAUUAACACGACCCUUCGAUGUGGUCAAUCGUUCCGAUGGCAUAAUGUCCCCAAUAGCGACGAAUGGCGAUGUGUGCUUCACGGAAAGCUCCUAUCCUUGAAACAAGACCCUACCUAUCUCUAUUAUAGAACCUAUCGCCCCCCGAAAUCAGACACCAACGACAACGACGAUACAACAACCCUCAACUUAAUCAAACACUACUUCAACCUCACCGCGAACUUAACAGAUUUCUACGCUCAAUGGUCCUCACAAGACCCGAAUUUCAAAAAGAAAGCUCCUCAAUUCACGGGGAUUCGCAUCCUCCGCCAAGACGCCUGGGAAGCGCUCAUCUCCUUCAUCUGCAGCAGCAAUAAUAACAUUUCGCGCAUUUCGCAAAUGGUCGAGAAGCUUUGCAUACACUAUGGGUCAUUUAUCGGGACAGUUGACGAUCGCGCAUACCAUGACUUCCCAACUCCCGAGGCAUUGACGGGUGCCGAGGUUGAGGGUCGUUUGCGCGGGUUGGGAUUCGGAUACCGCGCCAAGUAUAUUUACCAGACGGCGGUUAUUGUCGCGAAGGAGCGAGAGAAGGGCUGGUUGGAUGGGUUGUGUAACCCGGAGUCACCAGCCUUUGGGGUUGAGCCUGGAUUCGGAGGCGAUAUGAAACCGGAAGGAAGAGAUGGCUAUCGAGAGGCGCAUGAGAAGCUACUGGAGCUGCAAGGUGUCGGGCCAAAGGUCGCCGACUGUGUCUCAUUAAUGGGACUGGGGUGGGGAGAGUCUGUGCCUGUGGACACACAUGUAUGGCAAAUCGCCCAACGAGACUACAAGUUCGGCAAAGGCGCACACAAGACUCUUAAUAAAGCCACGUACGAUGCUGUCGGCAACCACUUCCGCAAACUCUGGGGCAAAGAAGCCGGUUGGGCACAUAGUGUCCUGUUCACGGCUGAUCUGAGGACAUUCUCUGAUCGACUCGCCUCGUCUAAGAAAUCCAAGUUGGACGUCGAUGUCAACGUGAAGGAGGAGAAAGAUGACGAUGUGGAAGUAGAGGCCAAAGUUACGACUGCUGUUGCGCUCAAGAGGUCUGCUAGUGACGAAGGCGAUGGCGAUGAGAAGAAGGUCAAGGCCGAAGACGAUAAAGAAACAAAGGAGGAACUGAAUGGCAUCGUCAAUGCUUCGCAAACGACAACAACGAGGAGGAUGUCGAAGCGGCUUCGGAGCCGCUAA